CCUGCGGGCCCUUCUCUCUCUCGCACGGGGUAAAGAAAAGGGGGGAAAAAAACGAAGCAAACUACCGUCCAUGUCUUCCAACGACCUCUUCGAAGGCCUGCCUCCGCCGGCGGCCGCCCCGGCCGGCAACAGAGGUCGCGCGGCCUCCCCCUCGCCGCCUCCUCCGGCUCCGGCGCCGCCAAAGCCCGCGUUGAAGAGCUCCCUCAAGCGGAACAAGUCUUCCUCCUCCGACACUACUACCUCCACCCCACCCGCCGCCGCCGUCGCUACCCCCGCGGCGGAAGACCAUGUUCCUGAGAGACGUCUUCGAUUCAGAACAACUGUUGAUGCUUCAGAAACGCAAAUAAUUGAAGCCAUGCAGAAGAUAACUUCACACAUAGCGAAUCCUUCUAAAUUCAGCAAGGCAUCAAAACUAGCUCUGCAGCUUUUUGAGGCUGGGAGCGUCAAGCCUGGGACAAUCAGUCACUUCUUUGCUAUACUAGAGGCUGCAAUGUCUUCACCAGGAGCAUGCAAUGAGCCUUCUGUACGAGCUGAUUACCACACACUAUUCAAUGCUGCUCAGGGUAUAACAGAGUUGCUCGACCAACGGCAGAAAUAUCAGUUUGACAUAUGGGUGCUGCAUGCAGUUGUGGCUAAUGAUCUUUUUACUGAUGACAGCUUUGUGUUCUCAAAGGCUGUUGGAAAGAUCAAAGACGCCAUCUCAGCCCUGCCAAUGGCAACGGUGGAUGAUGACAAUGAUGAAGCUGCUGCUCUUGCAGUUGCAAGCAAAACUGGCACAACAGAGAGUAAAGCAGAUGAUAGCUUUCCAACUGCAGCUUCCAACUCUCUGUCACAUGAUAGCACGCAUGCUGCAGCCUCCAACUCAAGGGAAGAAUCCUCUGAUCCUUUUGGAUUAGAUGAUCUCCUUGAGCACAAGUCGAAGAAAUCUGACAGAGCUCGAGAGAAGACAGUUGCUGCUUUGAACAGGAAAGCAGAUGAGGAGGAAUCAAAGAGAUUUCUGAAGUCACAGCGAGAAGCCCUUCUGAAAUGUCUAGAAAUCGCUGCUCGGCGUUAUAGAAUACCAUGGACACAAACUGCCAUUGACAUCUUUGCCAAGCACGCCUACGACAACGUGAACCGGUUCACAAGGCAGCAGAGGGACGCGAUCGAGAAGCUGUGGAACUCGAUCAAGGAGCAGCAGAUCCGACGGAAGCAGGGCAAGUCGGUGAACGGGAAGCUUGAUGUGAACGCUUUCGAGCACCUCCAGGAGAAGUACUCCCGCGAGAAGAUCAGCAUUCGCCAUGCUGUCGGCGGUGGGGGUGAACGGCGCGCGACACAGUGGCUCGGUUGAGUCGGCAAGCUGCCCCGUCUGAUCCCGCUACCCUUGUGGUGUAGCCUGAUGAUGUGAAGAGUGUUUCCCCUGAAAAAAAAAAAGAAACAUGUAACAUCUGAUUCAACAACGACGGCAUUUGCCUGAUUUGUUGGCUCCAUGGACUUCGGUGUAGGGUGUGAUCAUUACGGAUGAUGCGACGAUGUAUUCUUGGCUGUAACCUUGUGACUGAAUGUGAAACCUGUUAUCUGGAUGCA